AUGGAUAGUUAUAAAACAAUAGUUGCGAAUUCAAAAUUUAGUGAAAUGAUCACUACAGCAUACUCAAACUUAGAAAAUCAGUCUAUAGACAUAGUACUGGGAAACCCAUCGUGUGAUCAAGACUCGUUCUUAGGUUCACAUAUAUUAGCAGUAAUGCUGGGACGUAUUCCAGUGGUAAAUAUGCAGAGAGAAAUAUUUGAGUGCAAGCAUGAUUUAAUGAAGCUAUGCGACAUACUUGGAAUAGAAAUACAGAAUUUGGUCUUUCUUGUCUAUGAGGAGAACCAAUGGUUUUUAAAAAGAGGCGACGUACGAUAUAGAUUAUCAGAGAAAAAUGUAAAAGCACAUUUGGUUGACUUCAAUCUGCCAGAAACUAGCCUUAUAGAGUGCAAAACAUUCAGAGUAGACAGAAUAAUAGACCACCACCAGCUGAUUAAAUACAAUAAGCAUGUGCACAGCCAGACAGAUGGAAUGGAAAUAGAAUUAAAGGCGGGAUCUUGUUGUUCUUUAAUACUAAGGCGAAUAAAUCAUUUAUUUGCUGAUGUUUUAAAGGAGAAGAAGGACACACAUGAUUAUGAUUUCUUACUUCUUUUAAGUGUUCCAAUACUGACAGACACUGCGUGUCUUGUUAGAAAGCAGCACGAUGUUGACAUUAAUGGAGUUAAUAGCGCCCUAAGCAUUGCAAAUGUAGAAUUUAAAACAGCAGAAUCUGUUAUGUCUGAUUUAAAGCAUCUUAAGCAUUGUGAAGACAAAAUCCCAACUAAAAUGAUCCUUCGGAUGGAUUAUAAGUCGUUUGACUAUCCAGAAAAGUAUGGAGAAAAAACAUAUGGAAUUUCUUCAGUAAAGUACCCCUAUAAAAAAUGGAUUGAGCGGGAUGGGCCUGCCGUGUGGAAAGAGGAAAUUAAAAAGUUUGUAGAAGAGAAAAAGCAUGAAAUCUUCAUAAUCAACUGCAAGCACCACAAUGAUAGGUAUCUAUAUGUUUACUGCCCAUCGAAUAUGAAGGACAUGAUAAAAACAGCACUUUUUGCUGGAGGAACUGUUGAGUCAAAGACCAUUUUAAAUGAUGAAGAAAUUGUUAUUUAUCAGGUGGACCUCGCCACUAGCAGAAAGAUAAUUGCACCAGCAGUAUUUAAGUAUCUGGAUGCGCGCAAGGUGGAAUAGCAAGAAUUAUAAAUAAA